AUGCCCGGAGCCGCCGCCGCCGCGAUGCUGCCGGCUCAGGAGGCUGCGAAGCUGUACCACACCAACUAUGUGCGGAACUCGCGGGCCAUCGGCGUGCUGUGGGCCAUCUUCACCAUCUGCUUUGCCAUCGUCAACGUGGUGUGCUUCAUCCAGCCCUACUGGAUCGGCGACGGCGUGGACACCCCGCAAGCCGGCUAUUUCGGGCUCUUCCACUACUGCAUCGGCAACGGCUUCUCCCGGGAGCUGACCUGCAGGGGCAGCUUCACGGACUUCUCCACGCUGCCCUCCGGCGCCUUCAAAGCCGCCUCCUUCUUCAUCGGCCUCUCCAUGAUGCUCAUCAUCGCCUGCAUCGUAUGCUUCACCCUCUUCUUUUUCUGCAACACCGCCACCGUGUACAAGAUCUGUGCCUGGAUGCAGCUCACCUCCGCUGCCUGCCUUGUGCUUGGCUGUAUGAUCUUCCCUGACGGCUGGGAUUCAGAUGAAGUGAAACGAAUGUGUGGAGAAAAGACAGACAAGUACACUCUUGGGGCUUGCUCAGUCCGCUGGGCAUACAUCCUGGCUAUUAUUGGGAUUCUGGAUGCCCUGAUCCUCUCCUUUCUGGCAUUUGUGCUUGGUAACCGACAAGACAGCUUGAUGGCAGAAGAACUGAAGGCUGAAAACAAAGUUCUGCUAAGCCAAUAUUCUCUAGAAUGAGCACAAGCUAAACAAAUCGAAUAACAGCUUUUGUACAUCAACAUCAAGAAGGAAGACACUUGGGAGAGACUGGAGUACAGAGAUGGAUAUGAACAAGAGUGAAACAUCCGCUUGUCAAAUCUAGAUCGGCAGAGAUGGGAGUGAUUUUCUAAAAGGAAAUGUGAUUAUGGAUUAGACACCAGCUCAUUGGAAACUAUCAUUGUAUAAGAUCAGAUAACAUUCACAAGAAAUUACAUUCAUAAGAAAUUACAUUCAGGAAAUAUUUCAAGAAAGAGGAAUAUAAACUUGCUAGAAUUAACAUGUAAAAUAUAUAUGUAUACUGAAGGUUUGUAAACUGUCCUUUUUAAAUCAAACUGAAAACAAAAAGCUUUAAUCUUUUAACAUUAUUUUUAAAAAGGCAGUCAACCCUAAAGUAUUUCUAUCUCAGUAGCCAAGAGGCUAACCAAACAUCAUUUGCUGAGGAAGCAUCUUAGAAAAUGCCUCUGAAUAUCUUCACAGGAGCCAUGACAUGGUCUUUGGUUCUCCCAUCUCUGCUGUUCAUUUAUCCCACUGUGUAAUUAGUUACAAUCACUCAGUUAAGAGCUGUAACACUUCAAAGUUUUUACCAAGUCUGUGUUCAGUUUAAUGUCUGUACGAGUUAUUAUUGAGAAAGUGUUUCUGAAGUAUACUAUUACUCCAUCAAGCUGUAUAUUACAGGAGGUGCAUCUUUACAUCAUAGGUUCCCAAGCAACAUAGAUUUCCCUGUCUUUCAGGAAACAGCACCAAGGAACUCUGAAAAAUAUAAAAAGCUCAUUUUCACCUUCGAUGCUCACAUGUAAUAUAUAGGCUGCUAUCAAAUAAAUACUUUUUCUAAUUCUCCCUAAUAUAUGCAUAGAAUUUAAUAUACUUUCUAAAUAGGCAUAUGAAAUAUCUCCUCUUUUAUUUCUAUUUCUUUGCCACAUGUCAUGAGAAAUGCAGGUCCUUUCUUUCCUUACUGACAGACACUCAUUUUUGUUUAGAAAAAAAAAAAUCAUGCCAUUAAACCUAUUUCUAAAUGAUAGUGAUACUAAAUAAAUAAAUAAUAAUUUAAUAGCCUUAGAAAUAAAUGAAUAUAUACUUAUAGAGAUCAAAGAAACUUGGUAGGAGUAAAUUGCCUUUUUGCUUACUAACGUUGAUUUCAAAAAUACCCAAUUACUUUUUUUAGUCAGUUGGCAUCUGAAGGUAGUUACAACUGAUCAGUUGUCUUCAACAAUCUUUUGCUCCCAGGUUUCCCCCCACCACCACCCUCACCAUGUAGUCUGCCAAUAUGCAACAACAGGAAAAUAUUUAAUAUUGAAGUAGUCAAUUGUUUGAGAAUGAUCACAGGCUAAAAUGUACAUGCAAGGAUAAUCAGUGUAAACCAAACCAUACCUGAGCAGAAAACUUGCCUUCAUGUUCAGACUCAGAAUUAAGAUAAAAUUAGCAUAUGUCACUGGAGCAGCCAUGGAGGAUAAUAUAAGAAGUGAUACAAAUCAUGAUUGAUUUCUCUUACCUUUCUAUUAGGGCCACACCCCUAUUUUUGCCAGGUGUUUCUGGCAAUAGCCAUCUUUUCACCACAAAUGAGAUCAUGUUUCAAAUGGCUAAAAGUAUGCUACAAGUAUGCUCAAAUCUGUGAAACCCAAUUCACAAAGAUAUGGAUUUUCUAAAGAACUAAACUUAGGGAAUACGUAUUGUCUCUAAAGUAGUAAUUCUGGGAGUUUUUUGGUUUGUUUUUGUUUUGUUUUGUUUUUGCUUUAAGUAUUAGCUCUCCCACUGCAUUCAAAACACCCUACUUACUAUAUUUAAUUACACACAACUUUUCAAGAAUUCAUCUUUUAUUUAAAGGGAGGUAUCUCUCUACUUUAUCUGCAAUAAAAUAAAAGGCUUUCUCUAAUCCAUGUAAAUUACAGAUUCUAUUGGAAGCUUUACAUCACUAAUAGUGGUGUUUACAAAAUUGAAAAAGUGUUUUUUAUCCACAUGCAAAUGUUUUUUUAAGGUUUUUUCCAUAAAACCUAAGUGUAAUUUAGCAUACCACAGUGCUCUGAAGGUCAGUCAUUGAUGAUGUGCCAUUUGUACAUAAUAAUACAUGUGUAAAUCACUAAAUGUUAUUAAGUAAAAGUAUGUUUUUAUCUUUUUUUAAAAAUAAAGUGACUCCCUUUCUCAUUCUG